AACAUCUCAAAUGGUCCACACUUGACACUCCCAUCCCCUCUAUCUCACAAACCCCAAUUAAAACCUUUCUCUUUUCUCGCCCCACUUCCCUUACACCUCCAAUAAAGAACUAUGGCCCUGCAGCUAUGGGAAAACUUGAAAGAUUCAAUCUUUGACUACACAGGCCUUUCCCCUACAACUUUUUUCACAGUUGUUGCUUUGGGUCUUGCUUUGUACUAUGUUGUCUCAGGGUUUUUCAGCUCACCUGAUCAUGUUCACCACCAAAGGUCUAGAAAUUUUGAGGAACAGAUGGAACCUCUUCCCCCACCAGUUCAGCUUGGUGAAAUUUCUGAAGAGGAGUUGAAACAGUAUGAUGGGUCUGAUCCUAAGAAGCCUUUGUUGAUGGCUAUCAAGGGUCAGAUCUAUGAUGUUUCUCAAAGCAGAAUGUUCUAUGGACCUGGAGGACCUUAUGCAUUGUUUGCUGGGAAGGAUGCGAGUAGAGCUCUUGCCAAGAUGUCCUUCGACGAAAAAGAUCUCACGGGUGAUAUAUCUGGUCUUGGUGCAUUUGAGCUUGACGCUUUACAGGAUUGGGAGCACAAAUUCAUGAGCAAAUAUGUUAAGGUUGGGACUGUGAAGCAGACAGUAGUGCCUGUAAGCGACGGGGCAGCUAAUAGUGAACAUGUUGAAGCAAAUAAUCACGAUGCUAAACCAGCAGAAGGUGGUGCACCAGAGAGUGUCGAGCCAUCAGAAAAUGCUGAUCCUCGUAAUGAGGCUUCAUCAGAUAGUAUUCCAGCUGAAACUGUGAACAAGUUUGAUGGUGAUGCUGACAAGAAGGAAUAAUUACGACCAAUUUUCAUGAGCAAGCUGAGAACGAGAGAUAACAGGUUCCGUAAAAGCAUGACACUUGGUGCAUGUGUAUUAUCUUGUAUCAGAAGGAUAUAAACAGGUCUUAGUUAAUCUCUAUUACUAUAGUAGUUGUUUGAACAAAAGAUCUUAUUAAGAUUAAUGCAAGAAAAGAGACAGAUGCAUGAGUAGCCUAUGUAAUUCCAAGUAUCAUUCAAGCUGCAUUUGUUUUUCUUGA